CUUUAGCAGCUAAUGAAUGCAACAUUCUCCCCCCCCCCUCCCCUCCCCUCCUCCCAGCUUGAUAGUUCCAGCUGCUCUAGCAGGCUGGCUGCUCUCCCAUUAACCCUUUCAGUCAGAGACCUCCUCCUCCAGUCCGGUGUCUGUCACACUCCCAGACGGCAGCCAUCAGCCACCAUCCCGGGGAGGGGAAGGAAGGAGGCAGCGCCGCUCUCGUCUAAUCCUGCUGCCUGUGCGAGUGAAGAUGGCGGCUCCCAUCCCCACCAAGCCCGGCACUGUAGUGGGAGGCAGCAAGCCCGCUCCCCCGGAGCUGGAUUUCAGGUCUGGAGCUCGGGUAGAAGAGCUGAACAAACUCAUCCAGGAAUUCAGCAAGCACGACCAGCGGGAGUACGACGACCAGCGAGCCCUGGAGAUCCACACGGCCAAGGACUUCAUCUUCUCCAUGCUAGGUAUGGUUCAGAAACUAGACCAGAAGUUGCCUGUAGCCAAUGAGUACUUGCUGCUUUCAGGCGGUGUUCGAGAAGGAGUCGUUGACCUGGAUCUGGAUGAGUUAAAUGUUUAUGCCCGUGGAACAGACUAUGACAUGGAUUUUACUCUACUUGUGCCAGCUUUAAAACUCCAUGACCGAAACCAACCGGUCACACUGGAUAUGCGCCAUUCUGCCCUCUGUCAUUCAUGGCUUAGCCUUCGCUUGUUUGAUGAAGGGACCAUCACCAAAUGGAAAGAUUGUUGUACAAUAGUUGACCAUAUCAACGGGGCUACUAACUAUUUUUUCUCUCCUACAAAAGUUGCAGACUGGUUCCAUGAGUCAAUCAGCAUUGUGUUGUCUGAGAUCCAGAAGAAACCUCAGAGAGGGAUGCCCAAGGUAGAGAAGGUUGAAAAGAAUGGUACAAUUAUUACGAUCAUUUUAGGCGUUGGUAGCAGUCGCAUGAUGUACGAUAUUGUUCCUGUGGUCUCUUUCAAGGGUUGGCCGGCUGUAGCUCAGAGUUGGCUCAUGGAAAACCAUUUUUGGGAUGGCAAGAUCACAGAAGAAGAAGUAAUAAGUGGCUUUUAUUUAGUACCAGCUUGCUCCUAUAAGGGUAAAAAAGAUAAUGAAUGGCGGUUAUCGUUUGCUAGAAGUGAGGUACAGCUGAAGAAAUGCAUUUCCAGUAGCUUAAUGCAAGGCUAUCAAUCUUGUAAAGCCAUAAUCAUAAAGCUUUUAUCAAGACCAAAAGCUAUCAGUCCAUACCAUCUUCGUAGUAUGAUGCUAUGGGCUUGUGACAGACUUCCAGCUAAUUACUUGGCUCAAGACGAUUACGCUGCCCAUUUUCUUUUGGGUCUUAUUGAUGAUCUUCAGCAUUGCUUAGUCAACAAAAUGUGCCCCAAUUACUUCAUUCCUCAGUGCAAUAUGCUUGAGCACCUUUCAGAGGAGACUGUUAUGUUACAUGCUCGAAAGCUCUCUUCUGUGAGGUCCGAUCCAGCAGAACAUCUCCGAACGGCCAUAGAACAUGUCAAGGCAGCAAACAGGCUCACCAUGGAUAUCCAAAGAAGGGGGAGCACCACUAGCAUACCAUCACCACAGUCUGAUGGCGGAGACAAUAACCAACCUGAUGACCGGUUAGCCAAAAAAUUACAACAGCUAGUGACUGAGAACCCAGGAAAAUCCAUCUCUGUCUUUAUUAACCCUGACGAUGUAACCAGGCCUCACUUUAGGAUUGAUGACAAGUUUUUCUGAGACUUUCACAUGCUUACAUGAGGACUUGAUGUGUAGUCUGUGUGCUGUCUUGUUUUUACAUAUCCAGCAUAGAUUGGAUCUGUCAAGAACAAUAUGAACUUUUUAAUCCUGAUUGUGCAGGACUUUGCAAAUUUUGAAACGGUAAAUUACUAUUCAUAUGCUGCUUUGAUCAUUUUUAGUUUUAAGGGAGAACAUGAGCCUUAACGACCAUUUUAUGUUUGCAUUGUCUAUUUAAUUUGUCUACAUAUUGAGAAAUUAGAUUUAUGUUUUGGUAAUAAAUGAAUUUCAUUGGGCUUCCCUUGUGUUACACAAGGCAGUCAUUUGUGGCUCUGCAGCUGGGGCUCAACUAAAUAAAUGGUGAAAUACCAACAUCAGAUAUCUAAGGUGGCCUGCAUUUUAAGCUGCUCUAGAAAGGUUGACUUUGCAGUGAAGUUGGUUUUCUGGAUCCUUU